AUGUCACAAAGCUUUUACACAGAAGUCACAUCUUAUCACACACCAGAGGAUUCACACUGGAGAGAAGUCAUAUCAGUGUUCUGA